AUGGAGGACAAGGAAGACAAAGCUGCAAUUCAGAGGAAUCUGUACAAGCUGGAAAAAUGGGCUGACAGGAACUACAGGAAGUUCUGGUCUUUCACCUGGGAUGGAGUAAUGACAAGCACCAAUACUGGCUCUGAUGAUAUGAAUUCUGGAGAUCCUCGUGGACAAAAAGCUGAACAGGAGCCCUUGCAUCAAAGAAAGUCAACAACAUUCUCAGCUGCAUUAGCAAAGAUGUUGUUUUCUCUAGAUCGUCAUACAGAUCUUGACAGGAUAUUCAAUAUUCAUUCUGGAAAUGGAUCCAUCUAUACUUCUAAGCCACUGGACCGUGAGAUAUCACAAUGGCACAAUCUCAGUGUUAUAGCAGCUGAGAUCAACAACCCCAAAGAUACUACCCGUGUUCCUGUCUAUGUAAGAAUUUUGGAUGUUAAUGAUAAUGCCCCACAGUUUGCUGUAUUCUAUGAUACUUUUGUUUGUGAAAAUGCAAGAGCCGGACAGCUUAUCCAGACCAUAAGUGCAGUAGACAAAGAUGAUCCUCUUGGGGGACAAAAAUUUUUCUUCAGUUUAGCAGCUGUUAACCCUAAUUUCACUGUUCAGGACAAUGAAGAUAACACUGCCAGAAUUUUAACAAGAAGAAAUGGUUUUAGUCGACAUGAAAUAAGUACAUACCUCUUACCGGUGGUGAUAUCAGAUAAUGACUAUCCAAUCCAGAGCAGCACUGGCACACUUACCAUCCGAGUUUGUGCCUGUGACAGCCGAGGGAACAUGCAGUCCUGCAACGCGGAGGCCCUUCUCCUCCCUGCUGGCCUCAGUACAGGGGCACUGAUUGCCAUUCUCCUCUGCAUCAUCAUCCUGCUGGUUAUAGUGGUGCUGUUUGCUGCUCUGAAGAGGCAACGAAAGAAAGAGCCUUUGAUCCUGUCUAAAGAGGACAUCAGAGACAACAUUGUGAGUUAUAACGAUGAAGGCGGUGGAGAGGAAGAUACCCAAGCCUUUGAUAUUGGCACACUGAGGAAUCCUGCAGCUAUUGAAGAUAAGAAGCUUCGACGAGACAUUAUCCCUGAAACAUUAUUUGUACCACGGAGGACUCCUUCAGCACCAGAUAACACAGAUGUGCGAGAUUUCAUUAACCAAAGGUUAAAAGAGCAUGAUACUGAUCCUUCUGCACCACCGUAUGACUCGCUUGCAACCUAUGCCUAUGAAGGAAAUGAUUCAAUAGCUGAAUCUUUGAGCUCCUUAGAGUCGGGUACUACUGAAGGAGACCAAAACUAUGAUUACCUCCGAGAAUGGGGCCCUCGGUUUAAUAAGCUUGCUGAAAUGUAUGGUGGAGGAGAAAGUGACAAAGACACUUCUUAACCUACAGUAGGCUACAUUUUUUGUUCCUCUGAGCGGAAGUAAUUUUACAGAUACCUUCUGCACUCAACAGUAUUUAACAUUCAGGAAAAUUUUCCUGCCACUCAGCACAAUGAUUUCCUUUAGAAUUUGUUUUCAAUUUGUCCAUUUAUGUCAUUCAUUCUUUCUAGUAGGAUGCCACUUGGAACACGUACAGUAUUUUAUUUAAUCACCUUCCAAGAGCCAAAGCUAUGGAAAUUCAGUGUUGUCCAUUUUAGUAAUUAAAAUUAAAAAUACCUUACCUUCAGAAAUUUGAACAGGGUGAUAAUCCCUUAAGCAACCUCAUGUACAAGCCGCUUCUGUUAGGUACAUGUCCUACCCUUGCAAGUGCAGCUUUUAAGAAGGCAAAGAAGAAAAAAUCCAGUAUGUUCUGUUCUGUACAUUAAAACUGAAACAAAAUGUACACGUGGUGUUAAUAAGUGUAAUAUGCAGCUGGUUUAAAAAAAAGUUUGUGCAACUUCAUUUCAUCAAAUUCUAUCUGCCGAUGUUUUAUAUUUAUAUUUUUGUAUUUAUUUUUAAGAAAUAAACCAGUUUUUACAACUAUUUUGAUGC